AUUAUAGCCUUGCUAAAAGAUGAAUAUAAUGGGAAGUUUUUCUGUUACUAGAGCUGCUAUCAUGGGGAUGUCACUGCUAGUAGUGAUUACAUUUGUAAAUCCUUGCUCAGCUAAGUCUAUCUUAAGGAGCGGCCAAUCACUGUCACCUGGGCAGUCUCUGGAGUACGCGCAAUAUAUAUUCGUAAUGCAAAGAGACUGCAACCUGGUUUUGUAUGAAAACAAUGUUAAAAAGUUGUGGGAAUCCGGAACAACUGGAAAAGGAGGCGCCGUUACGUGCGCGUUAAGAAUGCAGAGAGAUGGGAAUUUAGCGAUAUAUGCGGCAACAACUCCUGUGUGGUCUAGUCAAACCUCCAGAGGAUUUGCUUCCUACUUUUUGCAGCUUCAGGGCGAUGGUAAUGUUGUUAUUUAUGGGCCGUCCGGAGCCAUUUGGGCAACUGAUACUGCUCAGAACAAGAAAAAACUGCUUUAACACUUUCUACUUCAGUUUUUAUUUCUAUAAGAAUAAUAAUAAUAAUAUGCCACUGUUCGAGAUGUCUAGUGUUACUCAGAUCUAACAGAAAACAGUUGUUACUUGACUAGGAAUAUAUAGAAAUAUUUUUCUAAUA